UGACUUACCUAUAUUCUAGCAAGCAGGACUGCCAGAUGUGAAGGGGAAAUCCCCAAUAAAUUGUUGCAUGUGACUGAUGAUGUGAGCAUGUUCGUUUCAUAAUAAAAAUGUUGCCAGGUAACCAAAAAGUCGUAUGUUUUUGUGCGAAUUACGAUCAUAAUCUUUACGAUCGUACAUUAAAAAAUAGACAAAUAAUAGUAUGAGUACGAUUUAAAUCGUAUAUCUGUCAACCCUGCUAGCAAGACAGCGACAAAAUCACGUUGCAUAACAAUGUAGCCCAAGCUUAUAUCUUAUGAAAUAUACGGAAGAGAUACGGACUUAGAAAAAACAGAAAUGUUGUUCUUUGUGGAAGUCAUUGAUGAAAUUCUAUGUAUUUUAGCCCGCAAACUUUCUUCAAACAAAAACAGCGCCAUCUAGUAUCGAGUUCUGUAAUUAUCUCUUUGUUUAUGGAUUUGAAGUAAGACCGCCACGCAUGCAAUACAUUAUGACUGGGGAUUCCCCUAUUCGUCGACGCUGAAUAUGAGGCGACGACAAUCACUGUCAAACGUGUUCACUAUUACUCUGACUCUGGUAACGUGACUUCCUGGUAACGUGUUAGGUAGGAAAAGCAGUAAAAAAGUGCAUAUUAAGGGAGCAGAUUUGAAAUAAUAUUUAUACUUAACAAGAAAUAAUUAAAGGUUCAAUGGGGAGACCUAAAGAUUUACGCAUAUGGGAGCACUACCGUACUUUACCAAACAAGUCUGUUUCUUGCAAGCUUUGUAAUAAGGUCUACAAAUUCAGUAAUGCUGCCAAAAUGCUUCAACAUCUUAUCACUUGUCCAAAAUCUCCAGAAACAUUAAAAGACUCUAUGAAACUUAUAAAAGAUAGCUCGUCCAAAACCAAAAUGUCUGGACUGUCAGAGAUAGAGACAAAUGAUUCUUUUAUAAGCCCCUCGUCGUCUGCUAACACUACAAUAAAUGCUGAGUUUCAAGACACCGAUGAUCAUAUAAAAACAGAAUUAGCGAGAGCUAUAUUUGUAACAGGGACGCCAUUAUCGAUGGUGCAACAUCCUUUAUGGAUACAAUUUUUCGAAAAAUUGCAACCAAAAUUUAAAAUACCUUCACGUAAAGCUUUAGCGACAAAAUACUUAGAUAAAAUAUAUAGAGAAAUGCGUUUUGAGUUAAAUGAGGAACUAAAUGCUUGUAGUUACUUACACCUUCAGUGCGAUGGCUGGUCUAAUUUAAGAAAUGAAGGAAUAAUAAACUUUCUUAUAUCAAAACCUCAACCUGCAUACGUUAAAAGUUUGAAUACAGAAAGUAAUCCUCACACUAGUGAAUACCUUAGCCAAGAAGUUGAAAAAGUAAUGAAAGUGUAUGGAGCAAAUAAGUUUCUUGUACUUAUUGGCGAUAACGCUAGAAAUAUACAAAAGGCAUUCGAAUUAACAAAACUCAAAUAUCCACAUGUUGUUCCUCUCGGUUGCUGUGCACAUAUCCUUAACUUGUUGUGCCAAGAUAUUGUAAAGAUACAAGAAGUAACUGUGUUUAUUAUGCAAGCCAUAAAUAUAAUAAAAACUGUUAAAAGGAGUCAACGAUUAAGUUCCUUGUUGAUAAAAUCAAGGCAGGGUGAAGAUUCUACACAAACACUAAAAUUGCUUUGUGCUACAAGAUGGGGAAGUCAUGUUACUUCGUUAAAAAGUUUGAAAGCAAAUAAGAUAGCUUUGCAAAUAUUAACAGUUAGAGAAGAUGUGGUAAUUUCAAGAGAUAUUAAAGAUUUAAUUCUAAGUGAUGAUUUCUGGACGAAGACAGGGGAAUGUAUAAGUAUUUUGGAACCAGUCACUGAAAGCAUAUUUUACUUAGAGAGCGACCAGAAUCGUUUGCAUCGCACAUACAUUACAUUUAGAGAUGUACAAGCUAAGAUACGUUUUGCAUUAAAUGAGAUUUCGACAUUGAGCGAAGAAAGCAAACAGCAGAUUCUAACAUCAGUAUCUUCAAGAUGCAAUAUGGCAAUGAGGCCAAUACAUUUUGCAGCAUAUAUUCUAGACCCCAGGACUCUAGGAGUCGAACUUACUCAAGAGGAAGAACUUAAGGGUAUGGAGUUUAUCUACAAUUUAAGCCAACACUUAAGUUUGUCAAAUGUAAUGGCAGAUUUGGCGUGUUAUAAAGCUAAAGAAAACUUUUGGGCCAGAGGAUUUGUAUGGAGCUCAUUAGAUAGCAUUGAGCCCCUAAUAUGGUGGAAAGGUAUUUGUGGUUCCACUGAGUUAAGCAAAGUAGCGAUUCGUAUUCUAUCAGCUCCCUGUACUUCGGCAGCCACUGAGCGUUCCUUUAGUAUCCAAGGCUACAUACAUAAUAACAAAAGAAAUCGACUUACAACUGAAAGAACUGAAAAAAUUUCAUUCAUUUGUUAUAACUGGAAUCUUAAACAUAAAGCUGAAUGCGAGGACAUUCAGUUUAAUGAAGAAAAUACCUUAGAAGCUUUCAUUGAGCAAGUAAAUGAACAUAACAGUUUAGACGAAAUAGAGCCUAUCGAACCUAUACAAUUCAUCGCUUGUAAUAACUCUGAAUCUGACAGUGAUUGACUGUAGUUUUACAUUUUACUUUCAUCUCUUUCUUAAUAAACUCAAAAUCAAAUUAAAAGUUUUUUAUUCUGUAGGCUGCAUAAUAAUAUUGUCUAUGUCCAGUAUAGUGGACGUCUUGCGGCUGAGAUGACGAUGAUGAAGUACAAAAUCAUAAACACCCAAAAAUUUGGGUGUUUAUGGGGUUUAAACCCAAUAAACCCAAAACACCCGGUUUUUACCCACCAGACUUUAAACCCACCCAGGUGGAUUGCCCAUCUCU